CCUGGCUCGACCUGAUUUGCGACGCUUUGACUCGCUCAUACGGACCUCAGCCUCAAACGCCAGGUGACAAGCAGAUGUUGCGUUACGUGUCAUUGCACAUAAGAUGUCUGACUGUGGGGAUCCCACAUGUUGAAGAUGUGACUCUCGAGAGCCGAGAGAUGUUCGACACGGCUUGACGGCAUCCAAUCAACACCCAAAAUGUGGCCUCCAGACUUCAGACCCCCGGACUUCGGACCUCCGGACGCGCAGAUGACUCUUCGCGGUUUCUUUGAAGAUGUGGAGGACCAACAGGGACCGCCAUAUUCUGGGGUUCAGUCAUCCAUCCUCUCGGGUGGUGCUGGGGUGUGCUGUGCACCUAGGACUACCCUGUCCUCUCUGGACCUCACCUGCAGGUCCCACCCUAACAAAACCAAGGCGGAAUUCUCCACCAGUCCUAAAACCUCCCAUGUAUUCUGCGUUAGUUCCCAACCGACCCUUCCUGUAUCCUACGUUCUCCCUGGUUGGGCCACAUCUAAAAAACUCCAGGAGGACCGUCUCUGCAUAAAACAAGAGCCAACAGGGGACAUGUUCCAUGAGCAGCCAUGUCUUUGGACUGACUGCAGUGCCACCUGCAGGAGCCGGGAGGAACUGGCGAGGCACAUAGAGAAGGUGCACGUGGACCGGCGUAAGGGUGAGGAGUUCGCCUGCUUCUGGGCUGAUUGCGUCCGAUGCAGAAAGCCUUUCAAUGCACGCUACAAGCUGCUCAUCCACAUGAGGGUGCACUCUGGGGAAAAGCCCAACAAGUGCAUGUUUGAAGGCUGCUCCAAAGAAUUUUCCCGUCUGGAGAACCUGAAGAUCCACCUGCGGAGCCACACGGGGGAGAAGCCAUACAUCUGCCAGCACCUCGGUUGCUUCAAAGCCUUCAGCAAUUCCAGCGAUCGAGCCAAGCACCAGCGAACGCACCUCGACACGAAGCCAUACGCCUGCCAGAUCCCGGGGUGCACCAAGCGCUACACUGACCCAAGCUCUCUGCGGAAACACGUCAAGACUCAUUCAGCCAAAGGCAUCCAAGAGCCCAAGAUUCACAUGUACGCGGUACCAGAAUCGGACCUGUUCAACAGCUCAGCUUUUCCAGGCUUAGACAACUUCCCAGGUUCUUCCACUAACGGAGAGAGCUCGGACCAUGUGCCCCUCCAAGCCGACAUCCACUCUCUUGGCAUGGGAGGAAGCUUCCACGGGAGGAACACACUGUUUAUGGCCUCAACUGACACCCCACUGCAACAACAACACGCGUUUCCAGGGGGACUCUUUGGGGAGAGGAGAACAUCUCGGCCACCUGGUGAAGGAGGUUUUGCUGAACCUGCCGCAUGUUUCCUGCAAGCCUCGACAGCACCCCCUGCAGCGUUUGACUUGAUGCACGACCUGGACGACGACAACUUCCUGUUCCAGACGGGAGCUGUGGAACGCCGCCCCUCUCGCGUGGACGCCGUCUACCUGGACUCGUGACCGCCAACCUGGAAAAAAAAAACUCAAGCUCGACAUCUUUGCGGGUUGGUUUUUGCAACUGUUAUGGUAUUUCUGAAUAUAUUUACUCAACUGCAGAUGAGGGAUGGCCGUUAUUUUUUUGUGCCAAAAAAAUAAAAGCUGUUUUUUUUCCCUUCAAAUGUUCGCCUUUAAAAGCACUUUAAAUAUUAUACAUUUAUGUCAAUAAAAUUACCGCAACAUGCUAGGUUCAAUUAGCAAUAUAGCGAGUUUGUGCAACAGCUAACGUUUAGGCUUUGAUAACAUCUUUAUUCAUCUUCUCACCAAAUAUAAAAAGUGUGCCUCCAUUGGUCGUCAUUUUUGUUUGUUAUGUAGAACUGUUGCUCCCUAGUGUGCAUGUAUCUAAACACAUUACAUAUGCAUGGUCAACUUGAUACUGCAGGGUCAUACG